AUGGCCACAAUCACGUCCCCACGCAGCGAAUCUCCCGCGGUCGGUCUAUCUCGAAUCACCUCCCCGACACUCCCCAGCGCGAGCGCAAGCGAUACACCGACCUCCUCAGUCCGUCCGUCCUUCGAGAUCCCGCGAUCCAGCACCUCCUCGCCAGCUCCGCAGCAGAAUGCAAAUGCCGGGCCGACGGCGCAUCGACGCAACCGCGCCGCCCUGCGCGACUACUACAACCUGAAAGGCAGGGUCCCCUCCGCCGCCGGCAGCCAUACCCAAGGCCAGGACCACAACAACAUAAGCCGCACGGUGAGCAUAGCCUCCAACGCGUCCGACUCGACCGUGACCACCACGGACCCAUCGUCGUCGUACUCAUCCUUGACCGCGCGACUGGACGAUCCCGACUUCGACGCCGAAGCCUAUGUGUCGGAGCUGCUCAAGACCGCCGGGUUGCGGGAUAUCCUGAAGACGGAGGGCACGCUGGUCAGCGAGAUCCGGAACCUCGAUGGCGAGCGGAAAGCUUUGGUCUACGACAACUACAGCAAACUCAUCAAGGCGGUGGGCACGAUCGCCGAGAUGCAGAAGGGCAUGCAUAAGCGGGAGCAAGGGGACAAGGACAAGCUAAGCGCCCUGGGAGUAGGGUUGGCCAUUCAGACUGGGCAAGCCCCGACACCGGGUCUGGAUGGGGUAGAGAAACUGGCGGCGAAAUUGGACGGGCUGCUCGAAAUGGUCAAGGAGUUGGCCCCAGCUACAGAUGUAGAUCGGACGAAACAGGUCAUGCAGGCGAGGAGGACGAUCAAGCAGAGACAGACCGUCAAGUGGGCGUUGGAUGCGCCUUUGCGGCUGCAGACGAUGCUGGACCAUGGCCGCAAGGACGAGGCUGUCAACGAGUAUAAAUCCGUCGUGGAGUUGUUGGAUCAGUGGAAGGGCGUUGGUGGGGUGGACGAUCUACGAGUCAAAUGUGACAAAGUCAUGCACGCCACGGCGUCGUCAAGUGGUGAGGAGCAGGCACAGCGUGAUGGGGUCGACAAGUCGGGUUGA